ACUGUAUAGUAUAUAAUUCUAUAAUUAUUAUUUCAUUUGUACAUAGAUGAAAAUUCUAGCAACUCAUGCGAACAGUUUAUGGAAAAUAGUGGCAUGGCGCGUUUUAUUAAAUGUAUUGAUUUGUUUCCAGACGAUAAAGAUUUAUUAUUUUUUAUUUUUGGAACUUUAUCAAAUGUUUCUGAAUGUGACCUGGUUAAUGGGAAACUCAUUGCUAAAGAUUACAUUCAACGAAUGGUAAAACAUUUAAAUCAACAGGCUUACGGUUAUACCAUAUGUGGGUUUGUAGCGGAUAUACUAACAAAUAUAGCUGCAAUUGAUAUUACCCAAUGGCCUGAAGAUUUAUCAGAAGAAUGUAAACGUGAUUUUGUUCUUGGUAAAAUAAAAACAGAAAUAUCUGCUUGGAAAGUUAAUUUCGAUUUAUGUUUCCAAUUUAACUCCCUGGCACCUCUAAUAAAAUUAAUAAAACCGAAUAUUCCUGCAGAUUGCUAUAUAUUACCAGUUUGGAGAUUGGCUAACUGUACCAGGGUUGAAAGUUCACAAUACUGUCCUAUGUUGGAAAAGGAGGGUGGGCUACAAGUAUUGGAGGAUUUAAUUAAGAGGUCAGACGUUAUGCGAGAUAUUAAAAUGUUGGCGGCCUUGACAUUAUACCAGUGCGAGUUGGCUAGAACUGACCGUGCUGCAAGUGAUAAGCUUAAAACAAGUGAGAGUACACAGGGCUGCCGAAAAGUGGUCAAACUUGAGGACCUCAUACAACACACCGCCAUCUGUGAGCACAAUGAGGCAAACCUUCCGAAAACGUGUGACGUAUGCUAUUGUGACAAAACACGUGAUCACGACUGCGUGGACGCAAUACUGGAGGCUAAAUGUAGCGCGAAUGACGAAACAGAUUUGUUAACGCGAACGGUGAGAGAGUUGAAAACUGAGGAAUCCGUGCGAACGGCGCGUAUGUUUCAAAGUGAAGACGACGGCCCCCAAGAGGUAUUCCGUCCGACCAAACAUAUGGGACUCAUCGAGUCAUUCGGCACCGUAACCAUCGCUGUUAGCCUACAACCCGUAUACAUAGAUAACUUGAUCGGCAAAAAUAAGCACAAGUUUAUGGUGCAGACGAUGUUCGCGCCCGAGGGGGCCGUCAAUCAGGAGACACUCUGGGAAGGCGUGAAUCCGGAAGCUAUUAUGACUUCAAAGCUAAAGUGUGUGUUUGAUGUGACGCCGCCUUCAAACGAGACACCUGUCCGGUAGUCGCCAACACCUCCUGUCAAUAAUACAGUUGUCCAACUGAUUAGUAGACUUACCAUCGAUUUCAGAUCGUCGACACAACAAAAAAAAGUAAAAUUUUGAUUAAAAUAAUUUUGACUUUUAUUUAAUGAUUCGUCUAUAUUAUAUAUUUUAAUUAUUUCUAUAAUUAUUGUCGAUUGCAUUAUAUAAUAUUUAUAUAUCUAUUGUUUAUCCAACAAAAGUUAAUAACCGG